AUUUGUGCCAUCUUCAAAUGUUUAUAACAGAUGCAAUAACAGAUGUGAAAUGAAAUCAUUCUGAAGAUAAUCAUCACAUACUGCUUUUCAAACUCCCCCAGUGCUCAACGUAGAUCAUAUGACAGACACAAACGUGUUUAAGGCUGAGCCCAACGUUUGUCCUUGAGCGGCUUACCGUAUGACCUUGUGACGCGAAAUAAAUGCUUCGCAAAGUGUGACGAAAAACGCUUUUCGAGCAAACAUUGCACUGGUAACAUUGAAGAGCAAUUUUGGCCAGUUUGACGGUAGAACUUUCCACAUAAUCUUCAACAAUCUUAUUCGUCCCCAUUUAGAGAUUUUGAUUUUCCUGUUUCAAUUUAAGAACUGAAAAGUUAUUUUGCUAUAUUGACGUACAUUUUCUGAGUCCAGUUCAAAUAAGUGUGGUCGGGCUUCUUAAGCUUAAGCUUAUGCUAGUCCCUCCAUCUGUUCUGUCCCGUAAAUUGGUCAGUUUUUGUCAGAUAGUAUUGAUCUGAUACGUAAUAACAACACUAUCUGGACUUGAAUACAUGAACAGAACAUUUAUCUUCGUGGCAUCGUCUGUUUUUGCGGCGUCUGCGUUCACUCUGUUUUGUUUCUCGAGACUAUUUCAAAGACCGCAUGUUAAAAAAGUCUCAUUCAAGCCAUCAAUGCCUCGUUUCACAUCAGACGAUACGUCACUCCCUAAAGUCAUUGAAUUUGACAAGGAGAACUUAACACUUGAUUUCUGUACAUCCAUCUGUACACUGAUCAAUAUAUCUGAUUAUGACACAAGACAGAAGCUUGUCAUCAGUCUUCAUGAAGCUUCAUCUUUUCGUCGGAAUUUUGAUGUCAUUAGGGAUUCUAAGUGCCUAAAACUCCUUCUAUCUCUCCUGGAUUCUACCUCAGGGACGUUAACAGGAUGCCAGCAAAACUUAAACAUUCUUCACGUUGUAAUGAAUCUGGCGUGCGAUCAACAGAAUUUUCCAAUCAUAAAGGACUAUCUCGAUGAUAUUUUAACUAUAGCGAAUGCAGCGGAAUACAGUGAUCAAGCACGCGUUGCUCUUCAGGUCCUGGGUAAUAUAGCAUUAACUCCAGAUGGAUGCAAGUUGCUACGUAAUAAAUGUGUUUAUCUCUGUAAUAUGUUAAAAAUGCGCGAUCCUUACGUCCUACGAAAUUUACUAAUAGUUUUUGUGAAUCUGUCUUGUGAUAUAGAUUGUUGUGACGAAAUUCUUACACAGGAUCCUGAGGAAUUUAUGAAAACUUUGGAGUAUUCAUUGUCUUCGAAUGCACCCAUAUCAGUUUCUCUAAAAAUGAUGGCUCUUCUCAAUAAUCUAUAUUCUCGAAUGAUAAAGAAGCAAGAAAUUUCACGAGAAUCAUCUGAUUUCUCACCCUCUUCGAAGUCUAUAGCUAAUUCACUUAAGAAUGAUUGCACUCUAGUUAAAUCAUGGAUUAUGUUCUUGAUAUCUUCAUCAAAAGACCCGAGUGAACUCGGAUUUCAUUUGCAGAGACUUGUAUCUUCUUUGGAAAAAGUGGAAAAUUUCAACAUUGAGUUAUGAUGUCCGGCGAUUUUGCCAUUAUAUAUUACAUUUAUCAAAUGUUAAUCGAAUUUUUGUACAUUUCUAUUUUUCAUCAAAUAAACUCCAUUUCUUUCGA